GAAUCAAAUGAAUUAAGUUAAGUUUCCAAUGAUCUUAGAAGAAAUUAUAAUACAUAAUUGGGAACGUGUAACGUGAGAAUUUUCAAAUUAUUCUACUCAAAUGAUUUCAAGAAAAAAAAUUUUAAAAGGUAACAAAGAGUGGUAUUCAAUAUAAAUAGUUCAAGUGGUAUGAGAACGAAACAAGAUCGCAACGCAAAACAUACAAGAAAACCUAAGGCGUUGAGAAAUGAAGUCUGAUCUUGUUUUCGUUGUGUUCAGUUUCUUGAUUAUGGUAAGGAAGGGAAACUCAAUGACCUAUGAGCUUAUUAAUGAGAUGAAAGUUAACGCGUCGGCUAAUGAUAUAUGGGCAGUAUACAGCUCUCCUGAUCUCCCUAAGCUCGUCAAUAAAUUCCUUCCCGGUGCUAUAGAAAGGAUUGAUUACGUCAAAGGAAAUGGUGGUGUUGGUACAAUUCUUCGUAUCGUAUUUCCUCCUGGUUCUGUGCCACUAAGUUACAAGGAGAAAUUCAUUACUAUCGACAGUCGUAGGCUUUUGAAGGAGGUUCUGCAUAUAGAAGGAGGAUACUUAGCCAUGGGUGUCACAUUUUACAUAGAACGUUUCAAGAUCAUAAAGAAAAGCUGUAACUCAUGCAUUAUCAGAUCCAUAAUUGAGUAUGAAGUCCCGGAUAAACUUGCUGCAAAUAUUUCUCCCCUCAUAAGUGUUGAUGGCUUUGUCACUAUGGCCACAGCCAUCUCCAAAUAUGUGUUGGACAAUAAAAAGAAUGGAUACAUUCCCUGCUUAGCUAACUAAAACGAACACAUAUUAUGCCCCCACAAGCGUCGGUUUCAACCAGCAAUGGUGCUGAAAUAUUUUCUUUGAUUAUGUUUUUAGCAUUUGUUAUUUUGAUUAUGCUUUGUGUCCUCUUUGUUUGAUCAUUACCUAAUAAAUUUUAAUUGGAAAUAAAAGAAUCUGGUGUGCGUA